AAGGGACGCAAAAGGACAGGAUUUCAGCAGUCUCACCUGGGACUUCCACGGCUGAACAAUGCUAGCAGCGGUUGUCGUGAUUCUAGGCGUGGUCGGAGGGGCGUGGGGCCAUGGGUAUGUGUAUGACCCCCCGGGACGGUCAACUAUGUGGAGAUGGGGGUUCAAGGUACCCAUCAACUACAACGACAAUGCACUCAACUGUGGUGGAUUCUCUAACCAAUGGUAUGCCGAGAACGGUAAAUGCGGAGUGUGCGGAGAUCCCUAUGAACAACCCUCUCCUCGCGAUAACGAAGCUGGGGGCAAAUACGGACUUGGGAUCAUUGCCCGGGGGUACAAGACGGGGCAGGACAUCCCCAUCACUAUUGAGAUCACCGCCAAUCAUCAGGGCUACUUCGAGUUCCGGCUUUGUAAGAAUGAUGACGUCAAGAAGGUUGUCACUCAGGCAUGCUUAGACCAGAACCUCCUUCAUUUGAAGAACGCCAACGGCACUAGAUAUUAUCUACAAAGCUCCCAGUAUGGCAAACUCUACCUCACUGCGUCACUUCCGGCGGGAUUGACGUGCUCCCAGUGUGUUCUUCAGUGGAAAUGGCGGGCAGGCAACAACGAGGGCCGGGACUCUCACAGCCACGAAUGCAAGGGAUGCGGGCCUCAGGAAGAGUUCUUCAGCUGCUCUGACAUCUGCAUCGGCGACUGUGGUGGAUCUCUGACGCCCGCUCCCGUUGCCGUGACAACCGGUGGGCCGCAGACACCACCUCCCACCCUCCGUCCAGUGACGACAACCCCGCCCCGAGUCUUCACCCCGAGGCCCACCUCCAGACCCAUUGUCGUGACGCAGCUACCGCCGGUUACUGCUCCAAAUUAUGGUAUCUUCAGCACGUGUCAUGGCGUUAACAACUUGGCAGGUCUUGACCAGCUUGACCAGUGGUGCAAAUCCAACUGUCAAAAAGGAAACUGUCCCACAGCUGUAUGCGACUGCCCGGACGCAUUUGGCCCAAGAUCAACACUGGGCAGCAGGUCAACUGCACGACCCGUCGUCACACCCAUGGCCACGCCCAAGCCAACGGCUCGCCCCGCGGGACAUAUUCCAGCGAUAUUCCAAUCAUGUCAUGGUGUCAAUCUAUGGUUUGGAUUUCCAGAUCUGGAUAAGUGGUGUAUAGAGAACUGCGCUAAGGGUAACUGUCCAUCCGUCCAGUGCGACUGUCCCGGUCCUUGGGGACAUCACACCGCAGCCCCUGCAACAGCACAGCCAGCAGCCACAGCACAUCCAGCAGCCACAGCAAAGCCGACGUUGUUCUUCAUGCCCUCCACUAAAAGAACGCCAGCGCCUACCCGCGCCCCGACCCUCAGACCACCGAUUACUCCAGGGCAACACCCAUUCCUCUCGGUCACUCCUUGGGUGCCACCCCAGGCCACCCCGUCCCGCCCACCCGCCACGGCUGGCCACCUCGACUACAGCAGAUGCCACGGUAUCAACAACUGGCAAGGGAUUCCACAGCUGGACGCUUGGUGUCGACUGAGCUGUAGGGACAAGUAUUGCCCGGAGGUGUAUUGUCGAUGUUAUUAGUAAAGUCUGUUUCAUUGUAUGAGUCCCUUAGAUCUUAUUCAAAGGCCUUUUUCAAGCAAAUGGGACAAGAGGAAAAUACAUACAGUUUUCAGAAAACGUUUGUUCCUUCUUAAAAUAAAACCCGAGAAUAACGGACGUUGAUUAGAG